UGCCCAAUAACGCCAGCCUUUACUGUGCUCUUGUUUCCUCACUCUUCUUUUAUUUUAUACCCAUUUUGAUGCGUUUUAAUUCCUAUAGAGUCAGAGGAAUCAGAGUGUCAAAAUCACGUGUUAUUGAAAUUGAUUCCUACUUUUUGUAAAAGGAAGUUUGUACAUCUCGGACGACAUUGGACAGCAUUGGACAGCACUUUAUUAACUAACAUUUGAGCAAUAAGUUUGGCGCUGUGACUAUGCUGCUGAGUAGAAGCACAUGUAUAUUCCGGCAAUAUCCAAAGUGCAAGCUUUUGGCAGUUAAUGCAGUUUAUGUUUCGGAAUGUAACGGUUAUAAAGAGAAUAGGUACAAAUAUGAGUACAAGCAAUCUCGUAAUUUUCGAAAUUUUGGUCAUACUAGGAAAAAAUCUCGCUUGCUCUUUGCUUUGCCAAUUAUACUUCCUGGCAUUGGAACUCUGUCCUUUAUUUUUGAUUGGCAACGCAUAUUUGGUUUGAUAACACCUAAAGUGGAUGCUGCUAGCAUACUAAUGGAAGAGAAUCAAGAUAGUGGAAAUAUAGAAAAUAUAGAAAAUGAGUUGGAAAAAAAAAAGAAGAAAAAACAGAAGAUUGGGUUUCGUGACAGAAAGAUAAUAGAAUAUGAAAAUCGUAUGAGGCAUUACUCGACACCGGACAAAGUGUUCCGUUACUUCGCAACCCUCCAGGUCACAAACAACGAUGUGCACGAGGUAUUCAUGACACCGGACGAUUUUUUAAGAUCGAUGACGCCCGGCGUAAAACAGCCAGAUGGCCUUGGUCUGGACAAAUAUAAACGUUACGAUCCAAAGAAUAUUCAUACAAAAUUAGAAUUGGAAUUGGACGAAGACAGCAUUUUCUACAAGCUGGGUAGCGCAGGUCUCAUCACUUUCUCCGAUUAUAUCUUUUUGCUGACUGUAUUGUCAACUUCUAGGCGUCACUUUGAAAUCGCCUUCAGAAUGUUCGACUUUAAUGGAGAUGGUGACGUUGAUUCUGAGGAAUUUGGGAAAGUAGCUACAUUGAUACGGCAACAAACCAGUAUAGGCACGCGGCACCGCGAUCACGCGACUACUGGAAACACAUUCAAGGGAGUGAAUUCCGCGUUAACAACCUACUUCUUUGGACCAGAAAUGAAUCAGAAACUAACGAUUGAGAAGUUUUUAGAUUUCCAGCAACAAUUACAGCGGGAAAUUAUGAGUCUCGAGUUUGAACGACGAAAUCCGGAUGAGCACGGCAACAUUACCGAGGUAGACUUUACAGAACUAUUGUUGGCUUAUGCCGGAUAUCCAGCGAAGAAGAAAGCAAAAAUGCUGAAAAGAGUGAAAAAGACUUUUAGGGAAAAUCCACAAGGGAUCAGCAAAGAGGAGUAUCUCAAAUUUUUCCACUUUCUGAACAAUAUUAAUGAUGUGGAUACGGCCUUAACGUUCUAUCAUAUAGCCGGCGCCUCUAUUGAUCAAGCAACUUUGAAGCAUGUAGCGAAAACUGUCGCUCACGUCGAUCUGAGUGAUCACAUCAUCCAAGUGGUAUAUACAAUCUUUGAUGAAAACAUGGAUGGACAGCUUAGCAAUCGGGAGUUUGUCGCAGUGAUGAAAAAUCGUGUCCUUCGCGGUUUGGAAAAACCAAAGGAUACUGGAUUUGUCAAAUUAAUACAAUCUUUGAUAAAGUGUGCAAAGAAUAGUGAUCUUUUAUCGUUCGAUAAAUAAUUUAUUAAUAGUUAUUAAUUAUUGGCAUAAUAUUCAAAUACUAUGCUUCGUUAAAACUGUAAUUAAUGUAGAAAAAUCAAGUGCCAUUUAAAAUAGAAUUACAACAUUUAAAGUGGGA